AUGUCGUCUGCAGUCUCCACCGCUCGAAAUCAGCCUCAUGGGCCAGCUGAAAACUUGCUCUACGUGUUUGUUGUCAGCCGACAUGGCCCACGCACAGCCGUUAUACCCUGUAAGAAACUGUUGAAGAAAGAGCCCGUCGACCACGGCCAGCUGGCCGAAAAAGGUCGAGAGCGGACCUUUAAACUGGGCCAGUUUCGGCGAGACCGCUACCGGUUGUUUCUGGAAGGCUCGACGGAAAAGCCUGGACAGGUGCUGGCCACUUACGUCGACCUGGAUCGGUGCCGAGACAGCGUCAAAGAAACUCUGCGUGGCCUGGGUGGAGCCGUGGCUGCGACGAACGCCGACCCGACGAUGUACGACGUGCCGUUUCUGGACAGCGUUAAGGCUAAUUUGGAUAAAGCGCUUAAAGAACCAGGUCGAGACAGUUACGCCACGCUGGGAGACCUGAUCGCCUUCGUCACCGAGAAGACGGUUGCGCCACGGAACAACAACGAGGAGAAGUUUCUCGUCAUAGACAGCCUGGUCACCUACGUGUUCAGUGGGAAUCCCGUCCCGGACUGGGCCAAGCCCACGUGGGACGACUUUUUGUGGACGGACCAGAUGGUGUUUGUUCGCACACCAUCUGUUCGAUCGUUGGCAGCUUACGUGCUCGACACCCUCACGGUCCCAUUCGAGAAGCGACCCGACAAGAUGAAUCUUUUCUCCAUGUCCGACACGAGUGGGUUUUCGGUGCUCAGGCUUCUGGACUCGUCCCACGCCAGUCGGCCUUGUUUCUGCGCCAGCAUCCUGAUCGAGGUGUACAGCAGGGAUGGCACCAAGGACUUUGUACGAGUGCUGUACCGCACGAAGCAUGAGCCUUGUCUAGUCCCCAUGGAAAAGAUGGGGAACCCGUGCGAGCUAACCGAGUUUUUGGAGUUUCUGCGCAGCGUUCCCAAGACCCGCGAGCAUAAAAAAUAG